AAUUAAUUUUUGAUUUUUAAAAUGAUGGUUGAAAUGGUAUAAUAACAAGAUAUAUAAAUUUCAUUCAAGGAUUCGUAUAAACAAAUAGCUCCCUUGUUGAUGACAGCCCUUUGUGUUUUCGUUUUGGCGUCUCCUGUCUUUCCGGCAUAGCAUCCUUAUAUUGAGAACUCGUGAGGAUGUCGUUGCCCACGAAUUAUCGGCAAGUGGCCAUGAUGGGUGCAGCGCCGACACCUGGCCCAACACAUGUUUACAUGCCUGGGUCCACCAUGAUGAGCAACAUUUUGAAAGCCACCACGACCUCAUCUUCCUCCACCUCUCCUGGGAAUGGAGGCACAGGGAGUACCAAAGAUCGGUUGGCUCGUACUCCAAACACUCCAUCAUCGUCCUCAAAGGGUGUAGGUGAAGCCAAUGUGCCAAGUCCAUUUUCUUCGUCACACCUAGGAAACCCUGCCUUUAACCCUCAGAAAAUGGGUACAGGCAAGGGAGGGGUGAGUAAGCAAAGCGGCGAAGGGCGAAUCCCGAAACCACCAAAAGCUCCUGACAAGCCAUUGAUGCCCUACAUGAGAUACUCUCGCAAGGUUUGGGACCAAGUUAAAGCUGCGAACAAUGAUUUGAAAUUAUGGGAAAUUGGCAAAAUUAUUGGAUCCAUGUGGCGAGACCUUCCUGAAGCAGACAAACAGGAUUACGUUGAUGAAUAUGAGACAGAGAAGGCUGAAUACACUAAGGCUCUAGAGGUGUAUCACAACUCGCCUGCCUACCAACAGUAUCUGGCGGCCAAGUCCAAAGGGUUUUACCACCCAGCAGGAACGGCAGCAGUGGAAGAGAAGGAAGUCCUAGACCGCUCAUCCAGCUCUACAGCUGUGGGUACCAAACUUGACAGACGUAUUGAUAUCCAACCUGCAGAAGAUGAGGAUGAUUAUGAUGAUGGAUUAAGUGUUAAACAUGUUUCUCAUGCAAGGUAUGUACGCAAUCAUCGCUUGAUCAAUGAAAUAUUUAGUGACACAGUGGUUCCAGAUGUGAGGUCUGUAGUGACAAGCCAGCGUCUUACUGUUCUGCGUCGACAAGUCCAGUCUUUAACAAUGCAUCAGAAAAAACUGGAAACUGAAUUGCAACAGAUUGAGGAAAAGUUUGAGGCUAAAAAGAGAAAGUUUGUUGAAGCAGGGGAUAGUUUUCAAGGUGAAUUAAAGAAAGUUAAGGCUAUGGCUCCCAAGUUAGACGAGGCAUCAUUUGCUGCUAUGGUUGAACGUCAGAAAGAAGUAUUACGAAGGGAAGCUGAGGAGAGACAAAGGAGUGCCCAGGGUCUUCCUGUGCGACCCCCUUCAGCAUCUUCCCAAGGAGGAUCUGCUAACAAUCCUUCAAAUCGUGAGGAUAGCAGUGAAGCUGCAGGACCUGCUCCUCAGAAUACUGCUACACCAGUUGAAGCCUCCUCUUCACCAGCACCCAUGCAGGAGAAUGACAUGGGCGGAGAGGAUGAUAGCAAGAUGGAAGCCUCCAAUGUGACGUCUACAGCUGCCUCAUCUACACCAAGUAGUGCAGCCCCUACCACUACCACAACUGCUGCAACUGCAGCUGUCAAUGGACCCACCUCUGCUGCUGCCUCACCCACUGACCAACCUGCUCCUGCAGUCAUCCCAAGCAGCAUGGCACCUGCAGUCCGCACUGUACCACAGCAGAAUCUGCCAGCUGCAGCUCCUGCCAACACAGCUCCCUCUCUUCCUCCCAUGGCUCCUCAUCCCUCUGUCAGUUCUCACCCUAAUGUAGCCAGUCAUCCUGGUGUUCCUCCCUAUUCCAAUGUUGCCACAGCUCCUGGUAUCCCUACAGGUGCCCCUCAUCCUUCAGGGCCUACGCAUCCCACAGGGCCUUCUCUUCCUGGUGGGGCUCCUCAUCCUGGUGGGGCUCCUCAUCCUGGUGGGCUCCUCAUCCUGCCGGGGCUCCUCAUCCUGCUGGGGUUCCUCAUCCUGGCGGAACGCCUCUUCCAAGUGGAGCACCUCACCCAUCAGGAACUCCUCAAACAACAGCAACUCCUCACCCCACAGGAGCCCUUCACCAAACGGGGCAGCCACACCCAUCAGGUGUCCCACAUUCAGCAGUCCCUCAUCCAACUGCUGCUCCUCAUCCUGGUGGGCACACUACAGGAGCACUGCAUUCAGUGGGAGUUGCCCAUGCUGGAGGUCCUCACCAAGGAGCACCUUCGCAUCCUGCAAGUGGUCCUCCUCAUGCAGGAGGACCUUCUCACCCUUCAGGUCCUCCUCAUGGUGGCCCCCCACACCCUUCAGGCUCUCCAUACUCUGCAGGUCCUCCUCACCCUGGACUCCCCCACCCUGCAGGGACACCUCUCCCUUCCGGUUUGCCCCAUCCUUCUGCUCCUGUAGGUAUGGCCCCCAGUAAUGCCAUUCCCUCAUACACAGUAGCACACACUGCUCCUAUGCAAACUAUAGUUACAUCUCAGGCCCCACCGCUGCCUUCUGGACCCAUUCCAGUUCAGGUUGUGGGCCAUGGUCCAGGCCCUCCUCUAAAUCCUUCUCCCCAAGCCACUACACCACCAAGUGCCCCUCCUCCUUCAUAAUUUAGCAUUUUUAUUUCUAUUUUCCUUAGUUUUUUCAUUUUACUUAAUACUAUUCGGAGAUUGUAUUUUCAUACAUUUUAUUUAGUUUACUGUAGUAAUUUAAUAGUUUGUCCAAAUUUCAGACUUUGCAUCCCCUUAUAUUGCCAUCAGGUUUUAAUGUAAGUUGAAGAUUCCUUUUCUUUUGAUUUUAAGGUGAAUUGGAUUAUUUAAUUUUGUCAUAAUUGUAGAACAGGGGAGACUAUUCUGUCAUUUAACUAGUACAUAUAAAUGAGUAUGAAAUGUUGCUUGGCAACCUUAGAUAUGAAGUUCCUCUAAGGGAAAGAAGAAAAUUAAUGUGUUGCAAGACUAGCAUCUGUAGUGACUUAUUGAAUUAAGAUUUUCACUUUCAUCUUUUUUCAUUGUUAUUCAUUGCAUUCUGUUUUGUCAGUGAUGCCUGCAUGAAUGCAAGUGUACCAUCAGUAAUACCAGAAUCUUAGUGUUAUUGAAAGGGCACAAAUUGCACAUUCACCGUGGAGACAGUAGGACUGUACAAUAGCUUAAAUUGUAUCAUUUUUUCAAUGAUAAAAACAUUAUUAUUGUAUUUCACUUUAGUCUCAGCACAUGUCAGUAUAAGUCUUAUUUGGUGUGUUGAUUAUCUUAAGUGUGUACAUUAUUUACUUACUAGUAAUAUUCUCAAGUGUUAUUGAUAAAUUUAUCAUUUGUAGUAAAAUGUAGCAGAUAAUUCAAUCACAGGCAUUUUUAUGGCAAGGGAGGUUAGUGUGUGUGUGAUUUUAUUGAUGAAAUGUUAAGUUAGGGAAUCCUUGUGUAAAUGAGGUGGUAAUACUAUUUUAGAUUUAAGAUAGUUCAACUUUAUUGGACCUAUCUGAUAUAAAUGUAACAAUUAAGUGACUAUAAUCUCUUUCUGAUUAUUUCUCUUGGAAUAAAUGUUACAUAGUUCCACUGUCUUGCUUGAAAGCUGUCAACGGUCUGUAACAGUUUACAAUGAAAGUCCAAAAAAAUCAAUGAAAGUCCAAAAAAAUCAGGUUAAUUUAUAUACAGUAUAUGUAUUUAACAAUAUAUAGUUAGUAAAAAUUUGAUGAAAGACAUUGUAUUGUUUAAUUUUAUUUUUAUGUUGCAUUGCUGUCUUUAAAACUUGAGUUUUUGUAGACAUGGACUUCAAUUAUGCAUCCAAGAUAAACCUUGAAAUUUAAGUAUAUUUGAACAGUGUGUAGAUUGAAUUUUAAGCAACUCAACAGUGAAUUAUGUCAAUGUAUAAAUAAAAUUUGUAUAAUUAUAA